AUGCCAGCGCUGACGAAGACCGAGCUCCCCCUCUUGCCGAAUGUUGAUGCUUCUCGGGGGCAGCAGCGGAAGGCCUUUGCGUGGCAGGAGAUCGCAGCUGCCGUCGCCGGACCACUGAAGCAGAUCUGUGGGGCGCGCCCUGAUGGCCAGCGGAUGCUGGAGGCGACGUUGAGGAAUGUGCCAAUCAAAGAGGACGAGCCCUUUCCUGGGCUCCCGUGCGUGGCCUUCUCCUUGGGUGGCAUCGCUGGGGCAUCCCAAAGUUUCAUGGAUCUCAGUGGCAGCCCGUUGGAGGAUCUGCUUGGGGCCGACCUUAAGCGGGCGCCCCUACAUGGGCUGCUGCCCAUGGCGCAGAACAAACGGAUCAACUUGGAGGCGUGGACGAAGUUGGAACAGCUCCACUCCCGAACUUUCGCAGGUGCCUCGCGCCUCAAAGCCUCACGACGGGCCGUGGUGGCCGAUGGCCUCGAGGAAAACAAAAUCACAAGUUCUGCUGUGGAAGUCACAGAGGAAGAGGAGGAAGAGAUGAAAUCGGUAACAAUGUCUCUGCUGCUAAGUCCAAUGCGCCAAGGCAAGCCCUUCUGGAACCUUGUCAGCGCCUUCAAAGCAGAGGUUUUCCGGGAGAUCCUGGUUCUCCAUGUGCUGAUGCCCAUCUCAGCUUCGGUGCCGGGGAUCCUCUGGCAGGAGGAUGCCAAGGCGAGUUCGGCGAUCCCAGGGCCCAUCCAAGAGCUGCUCCCUUACGUGGACCCGCUGAUGCACCGCUUGAGGAGCAAGCUGUCUGAGCUGCAGCAGCAGGAGGCACAGCAUGCCGUCAAUGUGGAGGGCUCCAUGGACCUGGCGCACCUCACUGCGUCACCGAAGAGCCCGACUCGGAGGCGAGCUUCGGACGUAGGGCCUUUGGGCACCGAGACGAUGCCAAUCCUGGCGUCGGAGCUCCUCCGGCCAACGUGGACACGGCAGUUCAGCGAAGGCUUAGACUCCGUCUGCUCCGAGCUGCCUGAUUUGACGGACCUCUGGGGGGCUCAGGAGCAGCCGAUGCUGGCGGGCUCCACUGUGAGCCUCGACUUGUUGGAGUUCUCGGAAAACGUCAAGCGCCGCCCCAGGGUGCUGGAGGUCGUCGAGAAGCGCUGCAGGAAUCUGGCCAGGGCCCUUGGUGACAACGUGUUCUCAGGUAUCCAUUUCGUGCCCCGCUUCGGUUCUGCCAUGUCGUUGCCCUACGAGGUCUUGAAGUUCGGAGAGGAGGUUCUGGAGAAGGAGAGUGAAGAGCUGGUAUCGCAGUGGAAGUGGGGCGACCGGCACCAUCGAAAGGAGAAGUUCUACGAAGUGCCGUUCAUGAUCUUGGAUCCGGACGAGGUCGACUGCCCCAUCGCGUACAUGUCAAAAGGUUUGGAGGACCUCACGGGCUACUUUCGCGCAUGGGCCUUGGGUCGGCACUUCCGCUUCAUGCUGCUGCCGGACGCCCUGCAAAACCGUGUCUUCAACAGCCAGGAGUUGGGGAGGAUCGACGAGUUCUGCUGCAACCAGAACAAGGAUGCGCCGAACACGCCCACGAUCUCGACCACGCGCGUCUGCUGGGACUUCAAAGCGAGCGACUUCCUGGAUCGGUCGCAGCGAUCCAGCAGCCCCAAGCGGAAGCGGGUGGGCCAACCACCCCCGUCCAAAGACCUCGACGUCCCCUGUCGAAUGCUCAGCCUGCUGCGGCUCUUCGUACCGAAGAGCAAGAGCCCUGUUUGGAGCUGCUUCUACCUGCGGCACGUCUGGCUCCAGGACCCUUCCAUCCUGGAUCCGGCGGCGGACUUUGGCGUGAAGCACUUCAUCUUCGUUGUGGUGCUUCCGCUGUACACACAGAUGCCGGCCCUGGAGGAUCUGCUGACCAUGGACGCCUUGGAGACGAAUUUUGAACUGGGCCAGCGGGUGAGGGAGCUGUUGACGGAGAAGUCCCACAACGUGGCACUGAAGGAGCGUGAGGCGAUUUCCAUACUGGACAGCGUGGUACCCGCGUGGCUUCGGGAGAGCGGCAGGGGUGUCCCGAGCUGCAUGAUCGGGUGGCACUUCGUUCCUCGCAUCGGCCUCGCCGCCGUCCGGGACUUCCAGGGCAGCUGGCCGCGCUUGGCCAAGACCCUCUUCAAGCUGAACCCUGAGCCCACUGGGGCGAAUGUCACGGAGCAGACUCAGACCAUUGAUGACGAGGAGGAUGGAAUUCUUUGCUGGGUGGCCGACGCGUCCAUGGAGGGCCUCCCACUGGUGUUCAUUAGUCAGUCACUGCAGAAGUUGACAGGCUACUCGAGCGACUUCGCCUUGGCUCGGAAUGUGCGGCUGUUCCAGCCCAAGAAGCAGCGCAUCGACCAGGCCAUCAACAACGAGGAGUUGGACGCAGACAGGUAUAGUUUGGUGAUGAUCAACAAGAGCACCGGUCAUGGGUCCGCCAGCGCUUUGUCACCGCCGCCGAAAGCACUUCGAAAGCUUCCCACGCACAAACGCUUGUACCUAAUGCGUGAGCCCGCUCCCGAGGAUGAGUGCGACGUGCGCACCCUGCAGUAUGACUCGCCGACCGCAGCCUCCGCCCUCGCGGAGCACCUCUGGCGCAACGUGCCCUUGCGCCUCACGGGUGUCCCAAAAAGAGCUGAGCCCGAGCUGAGUGAUGCGCGGCUGAGAGCGCUGGGCCACCGAACAGUGGAGCUCAGGCAGAUGGCGCAAGGCGGCCAGGUUGCCAAGAAGGCUGCCAAGCACAAUGCAUCACUGGCAGAUGCCCUGGCAGGCGGCCCCUUGGCAGGGCGCUUCUAUGCCGCACAGGUGAGCAUCCCAAAUUCCCUGCCCGAGCUGGAAGCAUCCUCGUUGCUCUCGGGUGAACUGGCAGAAGCUUGGCAGAAUGGCACCAGGGGUGCGCUUUCAGCAUCCCCGUACCUCUACUACCAUGGUGGUGGCGGGGAGCCAGGUCCCUCACUCUACCUGCACUAUGAUGCUGCCGACAAUUUGGUUCAGGUGCUGGAUGGGACAAAGGACUUUUGGCUCUAUGAUCCCUUCCAAGCUGCUCAGUUGCUGUAUGGCAGUAACAGCGAGCACGGGAAUGCGUCUCCCAUUAACGUGGAGUCUCCCAGCGUCUACGAGGACUAUCCCUACUUUCGCUUCGCCGUGCCGCGGCGUUGCCGAGUCCGCACAGGGCAGUGGCUCUACGUACCGCUUUACUGGUGGCACGCUGUGCGCAGCGGACCGGGCAGGACGGUGUCGUUGGCGCACUUUGCGCACAGCACCAAGAAGAAGAAAGGCAUCUUCGAGAAGUUUCUUUGUGGCUACUCAGUGAAGGGCGCUCGUUUCGAUUGUGGCAGCACAAGAUGA